GAAGUCUGUCAUUCUUUUAUUUAUUAAAAAAGUAAAUAAUUUUGAAUAAAAGAAGGGAGUAAAUAAAAAAGGGAGCUUACAUAAUGAAGUUGGCUAGCAAAUUAGAAGGUGAUUUUUAAGUUGAUAUUCUCUUUCUCUCCCUCUGUUUUGUAUGUGUGAGUGUGUGAGUUUGGGUUUUCUAGUAUUUCUCAGCAUCAUUGGGUAGUCAAAUGAACUUUAUCUGUCAUCAAAAACUGCUUCUUUCUUCUGGGUGCUUUGUUCAUGCAAGAUCCCAAGAGGUCAAGAACAAGGAAGCCUUGGUAUCAAAGAGCAAUAGAGAUGACAACCCUAUGGAAAAUCAUGGUAAAAUCUCCAACAACAACAAACUCAGCAGUAUGGAAAACCAUUAAAACAACAGAUCAAAUCCAACAAACAACGAACAAUAACACCAAACAGAAGCUAAGAAAAUGCAGUUCCUUAAAAGUAGCCACAUCCUUCACAAGAGUAUGUUUAUGUGCUCCUAUUUCAUCCUACAAUGAAGUAUUCACAGCUGAUGUUCCUCCGAGAAGAAGUUACACAUACCCAAGAUCCAAACCAUUCGCACCACCACCACAACCACCACCACCGCCAGUUACACAAGAAUGGAGGAUCCCAAGUGGAAGACAUAGCGUGGAAGGAAGACGAGUGUUUCGAGGUAAAUCAUUGACUGAUGAUGUUUUAAUGAGAAGAUUUGUGAUUGAAGAAGAAGCAAUGAUGCAAGUUAGAAGGCGGAAUGAAAUGGAGAUUAUUAGAAAAAGAGCUGCUUUUAGGAGGAAGAAGCUUGGACCUAGUCCUUUGUGUAGGAUGGUUCUUGCUGAAGAGGAUGAUAAUGCUUAAAACUCAACACGGUUUUGAUUAAUUUUUUUUUACUCCACCUUUUACCUAAUUUAUUAAUUAAAUGGGAAAAAUGAAAAUUAUUUCAUUUUUUGCUUUCUAAUUAUGUAAUAUGAUGGAUGGUUAUUACUUAUUAGUGGUGAUUAUUCUUUGUUGUUGUUUUUCUAUGUUUUUGUUGGAAUUAUAUUCCUUCAUUUUUGUGAUAAUUGUUGUAAUUUGUACAUUAGAAUCAAUUUGUAUUUGAUCAUCAUAUAGGAAUUAUGUUU